CGGAUGUUGGAGGGUGUGAUUUGCUGAAGCUCGCGAUUCGGGUCGCAAUGGGGCAGCUCUCUUGGUCCACUGUUUUCGAAGUCAUGUCCACAGCAGCGCCAUCGGGGUUGAAGAUCCACCGAGACGUCAUAUCAAGUCUCUGGGCUCCACCCGGUCCCUCCUACAAGUCUCUGGAAGAAUUUGUACGGUCGAGCUUACGGCUCACGAUGCUGUUGUAGUGUGUAUUCCAGCGCUCUUGUAGCAAUUCUUUUAGUAUUGAGAUAUUAUUUGGUUUACAUCUCUACCACGGUUAUUCUACGUUUUAUACCCCCUUUUGGAGGAAAGAGAGAGAGAGAGAGAGAUUAGCUACACACUCGGCUGCUCAUCAUGGCUGCUCGGAGAUCAAGUCGCUUCAUCAAGCCGCUGCUCUACACGGCUGGCGCGGGUGUAGCUGGCAGCACGGCGCUGUACUUCACCUACCGUCCUCAGAACAUUCCUGGCGCAGAGGCCGCGGCGGUCCCUCCACCGACAUAUGGCGAGGGCGGCGUCUUUCGCCCGCCUUCGUUCCCCAACGUCAAGUCUCGCGGGGAGCAGCUCGCUGAGUUGCAGCGCAGCGCUGGUGGCAUUGCUGGCAGCGUCGACAAGGCGAAGAAGUGGCUUGGUGGCAACUCCACAACGCCGGCGGCGAAGCCAGAGGAUGAGCCUUAUGAUCUCCUGAUCAUCGGUGGUGGUGCAACGGGAGCAGGCAUCGCGCUUGAUGCUGUCACGAGAGGAUUGAAGGUUGCGCUCGUCGAGCGCGAUGACUUCAGCAGUGGCACCAGCAGCAAGAGUACCAAGUUGGUGCACGGAGGUGUGCGAUACCUGGAGAAGGCUGUCUGGAACUUGGAUUACAACCAAUACGCACUUGUCGUCGAGGCUCUCCGUGAGCGUCGUUACUUCUUGGACACCGCGCCGCAUCUCUCCCAAUGGCUUCCUAUCAUGAUUCCCAUCCAGAAGUGGUGGCAAGCACCGUACUUCUGGGCUGGCACAAAGUUUUAUGAUUUCCUCGCUGGCUCGGAGAACAUUGAGAGCUCGUACUUCUUGACAAAGAGCAAGGCUCUCGAUGCCUUUCCCAUGUUGAAGCCAGACGACCUGGUUGGAGCUCUAGUUUACUACGAUGGCGCACACAACGAUUCCCGCAUGAACGUCUCCCUCGCCAUGACGGCCGCGCUGUACGGUGCCACGAUUGUGAGCCAUCUUGAAAUCACAAGCCUGGAAAAGGAUGCCAGUGGACGUCUCAACGGUGCACGCGCCAAGGACUGCAUCGCCGAAAUGAACGGCAAGAAGUCGGAGGAAUUCACCAUCAAAGCCAAGGGUAUCAUCAACGCUACUGGACCUUUCACAGACUCGAUCCGCAAGAUGGAUGACCAGUCGGUUGAGGAAAUCGUCGCCCCCAGCUCCGGUGUUCACAUCAUUCUCCCUGGAUUCUACAGCCCUGCGAACAUGGGUCUUAUCGACCCGAACACCUCUGACGGCCGUGUCAUCUUCUUCCUGCCAUGGCAGGGAAACACAAUUGCGGGUACAACCGACACCGCCUGCGACAUCACCCAGAACCCAGUUGCGGGUGAAGACGAGAUCGACUGGAUCCUCAAGGAAGUGAAACGCUACCUCAAGCCAGAAAUCGAGGUCAGGCGUGGCGACGUGCUGGCUGCAUGGUCUGGUAUCCGUCCCCUUGUUCGUGACCCCAAAGCUAGCAAGACAGAGGGCCUCGUCCGCAACCAUCUUGUUACCACAUCCCCCUCCGGUUUGUUGACUUGCUCUGGUGGCAAGUGGACCACGUACCGUCAAAUGGCUGAAGAGACUGUCGAUGAAGCGAUCAAGGAGUUUGGUCUAGCAUCUCAGCCCCUGUCAAACGCGCCUCUCGUCAGCGGAACCCAAGUCAAGGACGAGGCUCCUCUCGACGGCGCCUGCCAAACGCACCGCGUCAGACUCGUCGGUGCCCACGGCUACUCCAAGACACUCUUCAUCAACCUGAUCCAGCACUACGGCCUCGAGACCGAUGUAGCCAAAUACCUGUGCCAGGCCUACGGUGACCGCGCAUGGACCGUCGCCGCGCUCUCAUCACCCACCGAGCAGCGCUUCCCCGUCCGCGGCAACCGAAUCUCCCAGCUCUACCCCUUCAUCGACGGCGAAGUGCGCUACUGCGUAAGACACGAGUACGCGCAAACCGCCACCGACGUGAUCGCGCGUCGCAUGCGCCUAGCCUUCCUAAACGCACAGGCAGCCCUCGAGGCGCUCCCCAAGGUCAUCGACAUCAUGAGCGAGGAGCUAAAGUGGGACGCCAAGCGCAAGGAGGUCGAGUGGAAGAACUCAGUCCAUUUCCUGGGCUCCAUGGGCCUGCCCAAGAACAAGCUCAAGCUCACACGUAAGGAUGUCGAGUCCGGCCACGUCGGCAAGUACGAGGACGAGGAGUACCAUCUCUAUGCCCGCCAUGAUAAACCCGAUGAGCUGCUCGAGUCCGACUCAAAGUACCCCAAGGGCCAUAACCCGGUUGUUGGCAGGAACUCGGAGGCGAAUAAAUAGGUCGCCCGCUGCUUCUCUAACUUUUUGUCUUCGCCCUCGGGAGAGAUUGAUCUGGCGUGAUUCUUGGUCUUAGGAUUGAGUAUGGCUUAUCUACGCCUCUUCGCGUCUCUUUGUAUAUUGUUGUUGUAGCAUAGCCGUUGGUGUGUUUGGUCGCGUUGGGUGUCUGAGUGCGCGCUGCGUUGGUAGGACUAGAUAAACCUAUGUUAUGACAGCCUACGUGUCGUAGGCUUUGUAUAUAUCCUCUCCCACUCUACGUUGCGGAAUAAUAGAGCAACUCGUAUCUAGCUC